AUGGCACGAGAAAGCAACGCCCCGAUUGAUCUCACGACCCCGGUAAAACCGAAGGAACAGACAAACCGUCCUCUCCCGCACCAGCCUGAGUUCGGGGUCCCCUCACCUCUGGGCCGCCAGCCCUACCCUCAAAAUCACGGCUCAAGCAAUCCUUUUAACAUUCCCAAGCAGAACCGCCCUAGACCAGAGCAUCAUAGACCACAACAAAAUUAUCAACGACCACACAACCCUCUCCACCAGAAUGCGAGCCGACCAAACUUUCCUCCUUCCCACGCCGCGUCCACUCCCAAGAACCGCGAGCCUUUCGACCCUUUCAAACCUGUCCGUCCCUCCGCCUACAAGAAUGAUGGGAUGUCUCGCCCUGUCAAUAAUGAAGUCUUCGAGAUCCGCCGCCCCGAGAAUAUUACUUUCGGCACUCCCAGAGCCCCAAAGACUUUUUUCGCCAAUAAAGCUUCUCCGCUGAAACAAAAUACUGCCGCUAAGAAUCUGCAGAACUUUGUCGACCUAACAACAACAACGCCCGGAGGUGGCUUUUCUACUUCUCGGACGAGCCGGAAUCCAGGAUUCGGAAUCUCAACGGCGAACGAUUGGGUUGAUACAGCGAAGGCUAAUGAGAAUAUCAAAGCGCUGCUGGAAGGAGCAUUUGAAGACGAAGAUGAAAAGCAACCAAAGCCAAAAGGCAAGAAGAAAAAGAACAAGAAGAACAAGGGGAAAAAACAGAACAGCGAGAGCCCGAAAGCCAAAGAAGAGAGUUCGGAUAUGGAUGACCUAGCCACUAAGCUGCAGGGAGUGAGUGUCAACGAGAGUCAACAAGCUGAAAACGAUGACGAUUUUACUACGAAGGAGAGCACCAAUGAAACAGAUGAACAGGAAGUCGAGGACGAGAAGGACGGCAGUGACGCUGGUUCGGAAACCGAGGAAGACAGUGAAGACGAAGACGAUGAUGGGGUUGUCGAAGGCCUGAGGGUUCAACUGCUCCCUCACCAGCGGCAGGGAGUAAACUGGAUGUGCGCUAAAGAGAUCGGCUCACUGAAACCCAGAAAGGAGGAGAAGGGCGUGCUCCCGAAGGGUGGUAUUCUAGCAGACGAUAUGGGUCUUGGAAAGACAGUCCAAGCCAUCGCCCUGAUGCUCACAAAUCAGAAGCCGAAAGACGGGUCGAGACGUCAACCAGCACUGUCCGAUCACGACCGAAAACCUGAAGAUACUGAUGAAGAAAGUGCCGAGUCGAGAAAUCUCCCGAAAGGCUUGAGCAAAUCCACUCUGGUCGUCGCACCUCUCGCAUUGAUCAAACAGUGGGAAUCCGAGAUCAAAACCAAGGUUGAACCUUCCCACAGGCUCCGAGUCCUUGUAUACCACGGCAAUGCAAGGGCUAAAGCAACUGACAGUUUGGACGACUAUGAUGUUGUCAUCACUACAUAUGGUACCCUGACUUCUGAGCACAACGCAGUGACCAAGAACGAUAAGAAGGCGGGCAUUUUCUCCGUCUACUGGUACCGCAUCAUUCUCGAUGAAGCCCACACCAUCAAAAACCGCAACGCAAAGGCAACACAGGCAGCAUAUGCAUUGGAUGCUGAGUACCGUUGGUGCCUUUCAGGCACGCCCAUGCAGAACAAUCUCGAUGAGUUACAGAGUCUGAUUAGGUUUCUCCGAAUCAAGCCAUACAACGAUUUGGCUAAUUGGAAGGACCAAAUUACACGGCCAUUAGCGAACGGGCGCGGUGGACUCGCAAUUGAACGGCUACAAGUUGUCCUUAAAGCCUUCAUGAAGCGCCGUACCAAAGACGUGCUAAAGCUUAAUGCCAACCUUAAGCCUGGUGAAGAAGCUGACGGGGAAAAGAAAAAUCCCGGGUUUCAAAUCGUCAAGCGUGAGGUGGUCAAAGUCGCAGUUGACUUUAUGCCCGGGGAGAAGAAUUUUUACGAGCGACUGGAACAGCGAACGGACAACAGUCUCGAAAAGAUGAUGGGUGAUUCUAAAAUAGAUUAUGCUGGGGCGCUGACUUUACUGUUACGACUCCGACAGUGCUGUAACCAUCCCGAUUUGGUCAGAAGCGACCUGGCUAAAGACAAGGAUGUCCUCUUGCAGACGGGUACUUCGAACAGUCAAUCAUCGUCCAAAAAGCAGGAUGAGCUGGAUGAUGUGGCGGAUCUAUUUGGUGCACUGAGUGUUGUGUCAAAGAAAUGCGACAUCUGUCAGAUGACAUUGAGCCAAGUCGAAUCUACCGGAGGAGGUAGCAGAUGCAGUGACUGUGAGAAAGAUUUCAACACGCCUUUUGUUGCAGACGGGGCCAAGAAGAAGGAGGAGGAGGAGGAGGAGGAGAAGAAGAAGAAGAAGAAGGCAUCCGAGCAUAUUGCCGACCCCACCGCGUCUCCAUCAGAACGCCGACUGCAAAACCGCAUGGCUCGCUUCCGCAGAAAUAGAAAGAUCGUGAUGGAUAGUGAUGACGAAGAAGAGGAUGACGGUGAAUGGCUUGUUCCCGAAAGUCAGCGUACAGGGCUAUCUCUAGGCAAAGUCGGCGGUUCCGACGACGAAGAUGCAGAAGGCGGCGGCGAAUGGCUUCGUUCUGACGAUUCUGAAACUGAUGACGAACCUGAAUCGCCUAGUCAGCGGGGAGCUCACCGCAAACCCCAGGUUGAAGAGGACUCUGACGAUGAUAUCUACUUGAAUCCCGGAGACGACGAAAACCAGGUUCUCCCAUCGACCAAGAUCCGUCAAUUGAUGAAAAUUCUUCGACGAGAAGCGCCCGAUUUUAAGUUCAUCGUGUUUUCCGUCUUUACUUCUAUGCUUGAUAAAAUUGAGCCGUUCCUCAGCCGCGCUGGUAUCGGUUAUGCACGAUACGACGGAAGCAUGCGCAAUGACCUCCGAGAGGCGAGUCUGGAGAAACUCAGGAACCACCGGGGGACCCGUGUACUGCUUUGUAGUUUGCGGGCUGGGGCGCUGGGGCUGAAUCUCACUGCAGCAAGUCGCGUGGUCAUUUUAGAACCAUUCUGGAACCCGUUCGUGGAAGAGCAAGCGAUUGAUCGUGUGCACCGACUUAACCAGACAGUGGAUGUCAAAAUCUACAAGAUGAUCAUUAAAGACACCGUCGAAGAGCGAAUCCUGGAUCUACAAGAGCGAAAACGCGAACUCGCUAAUGUGACCAUCGAAGGCAAGACGGCAGCGGCCAAAUUGACGAUGAACGACAUGAUGGCACUGUUUGGCAGAGACGCCGAGUCGCGAUACACAGGCGGCCAGAGCAGUUUGGAAUUCUCGCCGCAGAAGGGAAAUCUGCUGAGGUCCGAUUACGAAUCCUCUACUCAGAACCGGUCAAAUGGCGCUCCUGAAGGCUCUCGUGAUCGCAAAGGCAAACAAGAAAGACGAGUGCCUUCGACUGAAAACUCUGUUUAUGCAAGACGGUGGUAG